AGUUCAAGAAAUACAAAAAAGCCAAAAAAAGCAACAAGCAAACAGCACGUGUGAGUAGACGAGAAUUUUUUGUUUUUCCAUUCGCGGAAAAGGAAAAUAAAUUAAGUUUGUGCAAAAAACAUAAGAAAACGAACGUGCAAUUCGCUACGUGUAAAGGAUCUGUGGAUAGGGCGAAGAGAGUGACGGGGAUAAUUGCAUAGCUAUUGACACGACGACGCCAGCACAAAAAGUAGCAUUGACAUGUUUUAUUUAAUUGGUUUGGGCUUAGGAGAUCCCAAGGACAUUACAGUGAAAGGCCUUGAAAUUGUAAAACAAUGUGCUCGAGUGUAUUUAGAAAUGUAUACAUCCAUAUUGGGCUGCCCCAAGGAAGAACUGGAAGCUUUUUAUGGACGACCAGUAUUAUUGGCGGACCGCGACCUUGUUGAACAAGGUGCAGAUGAAAUAUUGGCUGGUUCAGGCGAAGAAGAUGUUGCAUUAUUGGUUGUGGGUGAUCCAUUUGGCGCCACAACACACACGGACUUUAUUUUAAGAGCAAAAGAGAAGAAAAUCCCCUAUAAAGUGAUACACAAUGCCUCCAUUAUGAACGCCAUUGGUUGCUGUGGCCUUCAACUGUACAAGUUUGGUGAAACUGUAUCUAUACCAUAUUGGGAUGAAACAUGGAAACCUGAUAGCUUUUAUGACAAAAUUAAGCUUAAUCGACUGCAUAAUAUGCAUACUCUUUGUCUGCUAGACAUCAAGGUCAAAGAGCCUACGCUUGAAUCCUUGAUGCGGGGGCGAAAGGAGUACAUGCCUCCUCGAUUUAUGACAGUGGCUGAGGCGGCCCAACAGCUUUUGGCCAUAGUGGAGAAGAAAGAUGCUUUGGAACGCAAUACCAUACUGAAUGAACAAUCUCUGUGUGUGGGGCUGGCAAGAGUGGGCCAUGACAAUCAGCGUAUUGUGGUCAGUACGUUACGAGACAUGGCCUCCACCGACUUGGGAGGUCCCCUGCACUCUAUUGUAAUACCUGCCAAAGAAAUGCAUCCGCUAGAAGUGGAGUUUUUGCAACAGUUUGCUGCUACACUCAAAUUGGAGGAUUACAAUCACUAGGUUACCCCAUCCACAUACAAUCAAACAGGGCAAAAUGCUAUUUUGUAUGCAUUUGCUGGAGUAGGGUUAGUCUACAAAUGAAUCGGUUUUAUUAGAUGUAUACGUAAGCAGUGUUAGUUUUUUUUAGAGAGGACCGACUUGACACACAUAAUCCACCAAAAUUAUAUGAAGAAGGUUCUUAGUAGUUUUCCACUUUUUUUGUUGUUAAGAUUUCUAUUAGUAUAUAGUUAAGAACACUCUCCCUCUCUAUAUACAUAUAUGUAUCUACAUAAUUUUAUAUGCAAUCACGUUACAUACAGAAGUUUUAUUUUUGUUUUCCUUUCAGUUUAAUAUUGAAACAUAAGAAUAGAUUUUCGUAUUUUUGUGGGUAUGCAUAUAUGUAUGUUAAUAUAAUUAUGAUGAUGAUAGUACAAUAGAAUGUAAUUCGUUUGUUUGUUUACCAUGUUGCUUGUACUUACUCUAUUCUAAAAGUAGUUGAGGCAUCAUACUUCACAAACAUGCGAUUUUGUGCACAAAUUAAUUUUGAUUGUGAUUGCAUAUGGAACUUCAGGGUUUUGGUCAAAAGUGGCUAUAUGCGAAAAGUUGAACCCCCUCCAAAUCGACAUGAUAAAGAUUUGAAAACAAAGAAAAAGUAAAUGUAGCUGUUGCAAUAUAUAAGAAAGUAAAUAACACGAAAGUAAAUAACUUAGUUUUGCAUUAGAAAGCAGAUUAAGCUUUUAAACAUACAUACAUUCUAAAUAUAUAUAUAUUUUUUUCAUAUUUUAAUUUUGUGAAAGGAAAAGAUGUGAUUGAUAAACCCAUUAAGAAAAGCGAAAACUAUUAAAGAAAUUAUUGAUGUGAAACUUAA